UAUUUAUUAUUUACUAUUUAGAAGUUGACUAAUAUUGUGAAUUGUGAUAUUGCUUUAUGUGUCCAAGUACCAAUUUCUAAUUGAAUUAAUGCAAAUCUUUUAUUAUUGUUUGAAAAUAUAAAUCAAAGCAUUGUAGCAUAAAGUUUUAGUUUUAACAUUAGCUAUGAAACAUUUAAAAUUCAUUUCGAGGACUGUGUUGGUACGGAAUGAAAAUGUGGAUGAAGCCUGCCGUUUAUUGAACCGAAUAAUGGGUUCCGAAGGUUUUUUGGAUCAGUACAGAAGAACAAUGUUUUAUGAAAAACCAACGCAAAUGAGAAGGAGAAUUAAUUAUGAGAAAUGUAAAGCCAUUUAUGAUGAAGAUAUGAAGCGUAAGAUUAAUUUUGUACUACGUAAAAACCGACCAGAGCCAUUUCCUGGAUGUUAUUAAUCAAGUUUAGUUCAAAUAUUUUUACAUAAAAUGUUGUUAGCAUAAAUAUUGUAAUAUUAUAGUAUUGUACACUAUUAUACU